UAUCAACUGUCAAAGGAAAUUUCCCGAGGUAAUUAUAAAUUUUUUUCCUUACAAAUUGUUCUAUUUUAUUAAUGAUAAUGACUUUAUAUUUACUAUUGGUUUAGGGCAUUUCAUCUUGCCAACUAUACUUAUCGUCACCGAAUUAUCGACUAGUUGGCAAGGGAAAAGUGCACAACACUUUGGGAGAUUUACUUCACCAUAGAACGCUCCCGGAUGGACACCUGAAAGUAUCGGUGGAUGUUGUAUUAGAUCAUGAUGCGAUGCUACAGGUACCUGACAUGGUCUCAGAGACGACAUUGCUGCGAGAUGCAAUAGGAUCAUUUGUUGCAUGGCCCUCGGAGCUCAUUACCAUUAGUGAUGAGACUGCUCCUAUAAAACCCGCAAUUAAGGGUAAAGGGAUUUUACAGGAGGAGGAGUCUGUUGCAUCACUAAAAGAGGCAUCCGCUCGGGAGUCACAACAAGUGACGCAGCAAGUUCGUAGCGUACCACCCACUGGUCCUCCGAAGAUAGCGGCAAAAAAAGGCGGUGCUUUUGUGCCUCGAUACCGGAGGACGCUCGCAACAAUUAUUCCGUUUCGUGUCUUCCACCCAUUGCACUGGAAUGGCAAUUGCUUUGGAACCGGAAUCAGUUAG